AUGCUCAAUGCUCAAUGCUUCUCUCUCCUGCAGACGCCGCAGACGCAAUCAUGCUACUUUACGGAGCUCCCAGCCCAGACCCCCCUCGUUGUGGAUGCAGAUUUGAUCGACGAGGAGGCUCCCCCCGUCGUACGAUUUGAGAAACAGCUCAUUGGCGCUGCUGCAUCUGCUGCAGCCCAUCUGCUUCAGCCAGAGACCCUGCUGUUGCAGUUGCAGUUGCAGCCUGUCGCCGGUCGACAACGCAUCGUGGGAGAGCAGCAGCUCACCGAGCUCAGAUUAGUCGUCAUGCCUGCUGCUUUGUCAGGCUCACACCGGUUCAUCUGUCUGCCUGACCCAGAGUGUCGUGCCACGACAGAGAUGCGGCCCCCAGCUCAAACUCGCCCAUCCUCUGCUGUUCCAAGCGCGGGCGUACGCGGUGCGGGAGGUCUGGGCAAGGAUGUUGUUGGCCAGCAGAAUCCCAGGGCUCUGUCCGUGGCCGCCCAUUGGCUGCCCUGGCCGCAUCCUGGCAUCGACCUGUGCUGUCUUCUGGGACGCGGUGGGAUGGCCUGGCCUGGUUCAGCCCUACGUUCUGUUCACUCCCCUCCUCUUCCCCUGAUCCUUGCCGUCGCAUCUGUGCUAACUUGGUUUAGACACGCCCCCCCCCCUCGCAAGGGUUCUUUUGGAACAGAGGCGCCAGAGCCUUUUUUGAACGAUCCAAUGAUCUGCCUCCGCUCCCCUCCCCGAACCCCUCUCCCGGGAAGCAGACAAGGUGCAACGAGACCGUUUGGUUUCCAUCUGCGGGCCAGGCAAGACGUGGCGUUUCCCCUGCCAUUGGCCGCGUUGCAAUGGGUCGCCGUCUCGAAAUCGGUGGUGCAGUGCCAGAGAUUCGGCGAGCAACCAGGGGAAACUCCCCAGCCCGUUGGGUUUCCCACAGCGUUUACUCCUUAG